GUUCCUCCUCCUCUCCCAGUCUGGGAGGGACUAACCCCCUCUGCUGCUCCACACAAGGAGCUCUCUCUGUCUCUCCUCCCUCUCUUUCACGUUCAGUCACCAGCACACAAACAUACACACAGAGCGACAGCAGCCGUGCACACUCCUCUCACACACUCACACACAAAGCAACAAGCAGCAACAUCAGGCUGGGGACUCAUGCGGACAGCGGCAGAAGAUGGCUGACCUGACAGCAGCCCGGCAGCCUGGCAGCCCCUGCCCUCCCCGAACAGUCACCUCCUCACACCAUCCCUGACGUCUUUCACCUCUAGAUAGAGGGGGUCAUCAGCCACCCCACUCCUGCUCCCCCCAAUACACUCUCAUCACAGCAGCCAUUUCAGCAUCACAAACUAUACAAAAAAUGGCAGAAAUGGAAAAAGAAGGGAGACCACCAGAAAAUAAGCGGAGCAGGAAGCCUGCACACCCUGUAAAAAGAGAGAUCAACGAGGAGAUGAAGAACUUUGCUGAAAAUACCAUGAAUGAGCUACUUGGCUGGUAUGGCUAUGACAAGGUGGAGCUGAAAGAGGGAGAAGAUAUUGAUUUUAACAAUUACCAUCCAGACGGGGAGGGACGGCAGCAUAUUUCUGUUCUCAAAGAAAAUUAUUUGCCAAAACCAAAACUAUCAGAGGACAGUGUUAUCUCACCAUUCAAUACAAAUAUAAAUUAUUCAGGGCUUGCUUCAGGAAAUGGGCUUGCAGAACUACCAGCAGGGUCAAGGGAUCAUGGAAAUCAUGGAAAUAUGCCAAUUGUGGUACCUUUAAUUCCUCCUCCUUUUAUGAAACCACCAUCAGAGGAUGAUGUGUCAAAUGUGCAAAUCAUGUGUGCCUGGUGCCAGAAGGUGGGGAUUAAGCGUUACUCCCUAAGCAUGGGGAGUGAGGUGAAAAGCUUCUGCAGUGAGAAGUGCUUUGCUGCCUGCCGGAGAGCAUACUUCAAGAGAAACAAGGCUAGAGAUGAAGAUGGACAUGGUGAAAAUUUUCCCCAGCAACACUAUGCUAAGGAAACUCCAAGACUUGCCUUCAAGAAUAACUGCGAACUACUUGUAUGUGAUUGGUGUAAACAUAUACGACAUACUAAAGAAUACCUGGACUUUGGGGAUGGGGAACGGAGGCUUCAGUUCUGCAGUGCAAAGUGUCUAAAUCAAUACAAAAUGGACAUAUUUUACAAAGAAACACAAGCCAACCUUCCAGCUGGACUGUGCAACGCAUUACAUCCUCCAGUUGACAAUAAAGCAGAAGGCACAGGGGUACAGCUGCUAACUCCAGAUUCCUGGAAUAUACCGCUGACAGAUGCUCGUAGAAAGGUUCCGUCCCCAGUGUCUGCAGCUGGCCAAAUGCAAGGUCCUGGAUCAUCAGCCUCAACUACUGCCUCUCCGUCUGAUAUUGCCAACAGCUCAGCUACUAAAAUUCCAACACCAGUUCCCAAAUCCAUUCCCAUGAAUGAAAGUUCAAAUAUUGCCCCAGUUCCAGUCCCACCACCUGCCAGCAUUGUGCCUCCCAUGGGCAUGCCGCCAAGAAGUCCACCCAUGAUUAUGACAAACAGAGGACCAGUUCCUUUGCCCAUAUUCAUGGAACAGCAAAUGAUACAACAAAUACGUCCACCCUUUCUACGAGGCCCUCAUGGCUCAAAUCCUAACAGUCCUUUGUCCAAUUCAAUGAUUCCUGGUAUGGGCCCACCGCCAGGUGGUCCCAGAGUUAUGGGUCCUACAUCUAGUCCUAUGCAUAGACCAAUGUUAUCACCUCAUAUGCACCCAUCAACUACACCUACAAUGCCAGGCAAUCCACCAGGACUGCUACCACCACAUACACCUGGAGGUCCUUUACCUAGUCUUCCUUUCCCUCCAAUGGGCAUGAUGCCAAAUGGUCCUAUGCAUAUGCCACAGAUGGUAAACUUUGGUUUACCAUCUCUUGCCCCUUUAGUGCCACCACCAACCCUUUUAGUGCCAUACCCUGUUAUUGUUCCUUUACCAGUUCCAAUACCUAUUCCCAUACCCUUUCCUCAUAUAGUGGAUUACAAACCCCCAAAGGACUUUUCCAGCAAUGGUGAAAGCAUCAUUCCAAGCUCAUCCAGUGAGACAUCGGGAGCAAAGCCAAAGGAUAACUCUUUGCACCCAAGGGAUUCUAAACAAAGGUCUUUAAAGACUUCUGACUCUUCACCUGGUGGUUCAGGGCACUCUUCUCACCAGGCUCCAGUAGUUCUGGAAAAUCUGAAAUCUGAAAUAGUGGACUUGACAAUGAGGACAGCAAGCCCGGAAAAUAUUAAACUUAGCAUCCCUAAUACAUUUCAGGUCCUACAGGAUGGAGUCAUAGAUUUAACUGUGGCACACAGGUCUAGACUCCGCAACGUAAUUAAUAAAGCUAUUAAUUCUCAUUUAAAACUUGAAUCUGAACCUAUCAGUGUUGUAAACAUGGCUUUUGGUAACUCAGAGAGAACCAAUGGUAGUGACUGUACGGAUAGCAGUAGCCCAGUGGAAACAAAAAUGCAUCCAUCCAAUGACUCUAAUUUUUGUGGUCCAAACUCUCGGGCUCCCAGCACGCCAGGAUUUGAAAGUAGUGCAGCAGUUUGCAAUGUCAUUGUAAAUGGUACAAAGAGCACAGAGGCUUCUAAAAGUUCUGAGAAGUCACAUGAGCAAAAAAAGACAAUGCUGGAUAAGGAGCCAGUGGUAAGCGAGUUGGAAUCUGUUAAAGAAAACAACUGUGCUUCAAAUUGUCACCCAGAGAUAGAAGCCAGCAAGAAGAGUGUUGUGGAAGAGUCACUUACACCUGGGGACAAACAAGAUCCAAAUUUAAACAACCCUGCAGAUGAGGACCAUGCUUAUGCUCUAAGGAUGUUGCCUAAAACAGGCUGCGUUAUCCAGCCUGUGCCAAAACCAGCAGAAAAGACUGCAAUGACACCAUGUAUAAUCUCAGCUCCAAUUCUCACCACAGGGACAGAGGACUUGGAGCCACCACUCAAAAGGAGGUGCCUCCGUAUUCGAAAUCAAAAUAAAUAAAGGAUGCUGGCUUACAGGGUAUCUUGCAUGGGAAAUGGGAACAGCGCAAUAUAUAUUACUUCACCAAACUACCAGCUGGUCCACUCCUU